AUGGACAUUUUUGGAGGGAAAGUGGGCAGGAAUCCAUGGACGAUAGAGACAACUAGCAUCGACACAAGCGACUGCAAGGAGGACCACUCGAUCAAAUGCCAAUGUCUUCAGGCCAAAAGGACCUUCAGAUCUAAAGGUAUUUGCUCAUGCAUUAAGGAUAAUGGGAAAUUAUCCCAUGUUGGCUCUAUAUCUCAUGUUUCCACACCAUCAAACACUAAGGAGCAAGGCGUUUUUGAAAGAAGACAGAAAGCUCAUGAUUACAAAGCUACUACCCAAGGAUAUCCUCCAUCAGGAAAAGGAUCUCACGCCAACAAGAAAUAUCAGCUUUACAAGACAGAAAUGUGUAGGAGCCAUACAGAAAUAGGCUAUUGCAAGUAUGGAGACAAGUGCCAAUUUGCACACAGCAAGACCGAGCUUAGGUAUGUCCAAAGGCAUCCAAAGUACAAGACAGAGACGUGCAAGACCUUUUGGGAAGAAGGGAGUUGUCCUUAUGGUAAGAGAUGCUGCUUCAUCCAUAUUCCUAACAUUGAUAUUGUUAAUCUUUCUCUUCAUGGAUAUCAGGAAGAGGAUGACAAGAGGCACGAAGCAGCCCUGGGAAUAGAGAUAGACAAUCCACAUGACGAGGUUGUUUUCGCAAAAAUCGAUGGAUAUAUGCUAUCGUCGGAAGAAGGUCUUCUCUAUUGCCCAGAGAGUUCUAGAAAGGAAGGAGAGGAAGAAUGGGGAUUGAAAGUGGUUUACAAUAGCUACUCGGGCAAAGAUCAUGGCCCAGGCAUCGGCCACAGGUCCCCCAAGCAGUCCUUCGAGCCCAUUGUCGAGGAGGAAUCCUCUGAGGAGAUUAUGCUAAAAAGACCCUUUUGGGAAAGCAACUAUUCAAAAAUAUGGAUGGAGGAGGAGACCUCAUUAUUCUAUGUGCCUAGUCCUUGCAAAAGGAAAUCAGAGAGUAGGGCCCUGAAACAAGAAGGAGCAGAUAGACCCUUCAACAAAAAGAUAUCUGAUUUUGUAUUUGAAUAUUUAGGAAUGUAA